GGGAAGGGUUGCUUGCAGGGAUCGGGGCAAAUACCCAGGGCAGGAAGGCGGGACUUCCGCGUCCCGUCGGAAGUGACGCGACAGUCGCGGCCGCGGACAGGUGGAACGGCAGGUGCGUUCAGGUGCCAGGCUGGCCCGGACCCGUCUGUGGGACUGACGCUUCCGGUGAGCUACAGAGGCAGCUCCUGAGGGCCUGGAGACCCGUGGGGCGGGCUCUGGGAUCUGAGCCCCCAGCCCUGGCCUGGAGUCCCCCUCUGUACCUAUUCCCCAUUCCCCUGCCGAGCUGGGCAGUUAGCCAGCCCACUGAAACUCUCGGAACCAUGUUUGCAGACUUGGAUUAUGACAUCGAGGAGGAUAAACUCGGAAUCCCUACUGUGCCUGGGAAGGUGACCCUGCAGAAGGAUGCUCAGAACCUGAUCGGGAUCAGCAUUGGAGGAGGAGCCCAGUACUGUCCCUGCCUGUAUAUUGUUCAGGUGUUUGACAACACACCCGCCGCACUGGAUGGCACUGUGGCAGCUGGCGAUGAGAUCACAGGGGUCAAUGGCAGGUCAAUCAAAGGAAAAACUAAGGUGGAGGUGGCCAAGAUGAUUCAGGAAGUGAAGGGGGAGGUGACCAUCCACUACAACAAGCUGCAGGCGGACCCCAAGCAGGGCAUGUCCCUGGACAUUGUGCUGAAGAAGGUGAAGCAUCGGCUGGUCGAGAACAUGAGCUCGGGGACAGCAGAUGCUCUUGGUCUGAGCCGGGCCAUCCUGUGCAAUGAUGGGCUCGUCAAGAGGCUGGAGGAGCUGGAGCGGACCGCCGAGCUGUAUAAAGGGAUGACAGAACACACCAAGAACCUCCUCCGGGCCUUUUACGAGCUGUCACAGACGCACCGGGCCUUUGGGGACGUGUUCUCUGUGAUCGGGGUGCGGGAGCCCCAGCCCGCUGCGAGUGAGGCUUUUGUGAAGUUCGCCGAUGCCCACCGCAGCAUCGAGAAGUUUGGCAUCCGGCUCCUGAAGACCAUCAAGCCGAUGCUGGCAGACCUGAACACGUACCUCAACAAAGCCAUCCCGGACACUCGCCUUACCAUCAAGAAGUACCUGGACGUGAAGUUUGAGUACCUGUCCUACUGCCUGAAGGUCAAGGAGAUGGACGACGAGGAGUACAGCUGCAUUGCCCUCGGGGAACCCCUGUACCGCGUGAGCACAGGCAACUACGAGUACCGCCUGAUCCUACGCUGCCGUCAGGAGGCCCGCGCCCGCUUCUCCCAGAUGCGCAAAGACGUGUUGGAAAAGAUGGAGCUGCUCGACCAGAAGCAUGUCCAGGACAUCGUGUUCCAGCUGCAGCGCUUCGUGUCCACCAUGUCCAAGUACUACAACGACUGCUACUCGGUGCUGCGUGGCGCCGACGUCUUCCCCAUCGAGGUGGACCUGGCUCACACCACACUGGCCUAUGGCCUCAGCCAGGACGAGUUCACGGACGGCGAGGAUGAGGAGGACGAAGACGAGGAGGACACGGCAGCCGGGGAGCCGCCCAGGGAUUCGCGAGGGGCUGCCGGGCCCCUGGACAAGGGCGGGAGCUGGUGUAACUCCUGAGUGCCCCCUCGGGGUGUGGGUCCAGGGGGCAGGGUGAGCGGGAGGACGCAGCACGGGAGUGGGGGCGGGGCCGCCGCACGACAGGGUGUGCAGCGCAUAAAGGCCUGCUGGCUUGGGGCGCGUGCCUCCCUGCUGCUCUGUCCUGCACAGCGAACCCGGGUUGCCCCCCCAGGAUGGGCUCUGGGGCCGUGGCCUGGGCCCUCGGCCCUGGCCCCCUCCCUCUCCACCCCUCACCUCCACCCCUAGCUCCCCAGCCAGCCAGAGAGCUUAGUCUCCCGACCUGCCUUAGGAAGGAGAGAGAGGGCAGAAAGGAAGAGGGGUCGGAGGUGGCAGGAUUCCAGGAUUCGUUGCUCGUGGGCACCUCCGCCGGCCCCACCCCGAGCCUGCCAGGAGUCGGGGGCCCGCAGGUGGCCAGCCGAGCUGGGGUCAGCGUUGCACCCUCGCCUCUCUUUAGGCUGGCCCCACCCCCGUCCACACUCACCUCGGCAGCCUUUAUUUAUUUUAUUCCCCUGGCUCAGCCACUUCCCUGGGGAGGCCUGGGCACUGGGCCUGUAUUGAAUAAACACAAACCCAGAUGGAGCCAGGCUCUUUGCAGUGGCCUCAGACCCUCUCUCCCCUCGGUGUCCCCUCUUCGGCUGCCCUGAUCACGGAGGGGGCAACACGGCUCACCAACAUUGCCGUUAUGGCACUGACUCCUCACAGCAGUUCUUUGGAUGAACACUGCUGUCCCCAUGUACAGAUGGGAAACUGAGGCUGAGAAGAGGCUUGCUCAAGGCCCCUUGGUGUAUGGGGAAGAAGUGAGAUUUGGACUCAGAUCUGUCAAGUUCAGAAGACUCCACUUUCCCCACUGCCUCCCAGGCUUUCUGCUCUGUGGAGCCUUUUAUCCUCUCUCCUCUGUGACCCUUGAACUAAACCUUUAUUUGGGGAAAGACGGGACAGAUACUGGGUCAGGCAGAUUCAAGGCCCCAAAUGAGGAGAGAGUUAAGGGUGCCUUGGCCAUUCCAGGCCACCUGUUCUGCCAGGGCCAAAGGGGAGGGACCCAGUGGGUGGUGCCACGCUAGUACUCCAUGUCUUUGCUUCUCCUGGACAGCUCUGGCCCACACC